CCUAAGUAGAUUCCUGUUAUACGAAGAAGGAUUCAUGCUAACAGUAUAUCUUGGAUAUGAUAAAGAUAUUAGACAGCUACCUCAACCCAACCUCGAAAUGGGCGCCUACCGAAUCGGGCGUCGAGCCUCUCGCAGAUAACAUCCUGAUGAACGGGCAGAACACGUACAAUUGCUCUGUAACCUCAACCACCUUCCGCCAACCACCUAAUUCCAACCGACCCUCCUCCCUAAGAAAUACCAACACCAACACCAACUCAAACGCCAACGAUUGCACAGGCGGCAACCCCUACACCACCACCAUCCGCCGCGGCCACAAGAUCCGACUCCGUCUCAUCAACGCAUCGAGCUUCUUCUCAUACUGGUUCAGCGUCGACAACCACACGCUCACCAUCGUCGAGCUCGACGGCGUCGAGAUCGAGCCCAUAUCCGCGCGCGGCGUGUACCUGAACCUCGGGCAGCGCGUGUCCGUGAUCCUGGCCGCGGACCAGGAGGUCGGCAGUUACUACCUGAGAGCGACGAUCCCGAAGACGUGUUUCGUGCCGUACUCGACGUAUACGAGUGCUGGGCUUGAGGACGGGGGGUAUGCCGUUAGGGGGGUAUUGAGGUAUGCCGAAGACGAUAGUGAGGAGGAGGAUGGGAAGGGUAGUGAAAUAAUCGAACCGAUUGGGGUGGCGGGAAAUACGACGAAUCCGUACGGCGUCGAGAACAACGGGCUCAGGGGCGACGUGUGGGAGGGCUGCGACGAUAUGCCGUUCAACAUGCCGGUGCCGAUGCGUAGACAGCCCGCCGUGAAUGUGAGCGAGGCGAACACGCAUUACAUCGAGUACGCUUUCCGCCAAGCGCAGGAGGUGAAUCGGAUUUUCAUUAACAAGACAUCCUACUCGCCCCUCCCUCACAACGCCACGCUCUGGAAAGCCAUGGAGCAGCAAUUCACCGCCGACAAGGCGAACUCGUACAAUAGCUGGGACUUCGGGCUGAACCAACAAGUCCUGCACAUCCCAGACGCCGAGCAAGGCGCGCAAAUCGUCAUUAAUUCGAAGGACGCGAUGGAGCACCCGUGGCAUUUACACGGCCACACAUUCCAAGUCGUAGGCUGGGGCCGCGGCGCCUUCGGCAGCGGCGCGACGACGUGGAAUCUGGACAACCCCAUGCGCCGGGACACCGUGACCGUGCCGCCGAACAACCACGUAGUCAUCCGCUUCGCGGCCGAUAACCCGGGGGUGUGGGCGCUGCACUGCCAUGUCUCGUGGCAUGUCGAGGGUGGCAUGUUUCUCACCCUAGCCGAACGACCGUCCGAUCUCGUCCGUAUGGUCGGCGCGAUGGAUCCGGAGACGAAGCGGCUGAGCCAAAGUUUCUGCGGCGCCGGUGACGAUGAGGGACCCAGUUCCCGCUAGGGGCGCGAUGUCAUUCGAAUUUUCUAAUAACCAAGAGCCAAGGCGGGUAAACUGUUAAUGUAAUUAGUUAAUACCAACGAACAACGGAACAUGCUUAAAUCAACA